AUGGCCGUCACGUUUCUCCUCCUGAUUGUCUGUCUUAUGUAUUCUGGAUACCAGGCAUACCCAAGGACUAGAGACGCGCAUCGUUUAGCAUCAGCUCCCAGGAUAGAUACAGCCAAGCCAUGGGCACAGAAUCAAGCAGAGUUUGUAAAAAUCAAAAACGUCUUGAAAUCCAUCCUGGGCCCAAGAAUAACUACUGUAAGAAUCAGCGCAGACUUAAACCUCAUACGCCAGUGUCUUGAGGCCCGGGAGUGCCAGGGGGUUUCUGCACUACGUCACUACGGCACAUGCGCACUAGUGGGCAGCAGCGGGAUCUUGCUAAACAGCAGAUGCGGUGCUGAAAUUGAUUCGAGUGACUUUGUCAUCAGGUUCAACCUGAGCCCUCGAGACGGUUACACCAAAGACGUCGGGAAAAAGUCUUCCAUGAUGGUUCUUAAUACUAACAUGUCCCACAAGGCCUACGACAUUUUCAACAACACAUCUGAACAAGGAAGCACGACUAAGGGAAAUGUUUCAAACAGCCGACAAUUCCAUAUUGUUCUUUCCAAAGUCGAACAGAUACUGGGGGAUGUACAAGGGUUUGGAGCAGAUCCUGAGACGACAGGGACUAAAUGUGGGGAUUGUCAUGGGGGUAACGACCUCUGAACGCGGACAUGACGAGAUCCGCCACAUGGUCUGGGAUGUUCUGGACAGUCAGCACACUAGCGAGAUGCCGUCAACAGGUCUACUUCUGGUGGAAAUCGCCAUCACAUUCUGUGACCGAGUCCGUCUGUACGGUUUCUACCCGUUUGCUCGUGACCAACAAAACCACGCCAUCCCUUUUCAUUACUGGGAUGCCUCAAUCCAUUUUCCUGGACCGGAGAACAUUCACAAUUUUGUCGCUGAGUUUCAACUUCUUCGAAAACUCCACGACAAUGGAGUCAUAGAGCACAAAAUUGGUCCAUGUAGAUAAUUUGUAAGAGUACCUGCAUUAUUUAAUCUCCAGGCAGAUUUACCAGUGGCAUAAGAUCAAAGCUGGCUAAUUUUAUAAUACAAAGGAGUCAUCAGCCACUGAGCCAAACACACUCCUAAAGCCGGCUUCACUCCUCUGGCAGCUUUUGAUACUAUCUUAUGCUCCCGUAGAAUCUGCUUGUAGAUAAGCAUAAUAAUUCACUGAUGCGGUUCAACUUCCAGAUGUGAUGGCAAACAAUAACAACAAUUAAUAGCUAUAUAGACAUUGUCAAUGGUGCUACGAGGCUACAUACAGAACAAUAAAAUAUUAUCUAUAACAGCACAGUUAUGUAUGAGUGAUCUGGUCUCGCAUUUGGAAUACAGUACAUGUAUUAAGACUUGAUUAUUUAACACAUUUAUUUAGCCCUGAAUAGU